AUGAAAAGCCCAGAAAAGACAGCCGGUUUUAAAAAGUUCAAGACCAUUCCUGGAAUUGGAAUUAUUUUAGCAAUGAUAUCGGGAUUCAUGUAUUCUCUGGCGAUCCUGAAUUUGAAGCUUAUGUCAGAAAUGAUCCCGGCCCAGUUUCUGGUAAUCCAAGCUCUUAUCCAGUUGGGAAUUUAUAAUCCUUUUAUUAUCUAUUCGAAAUCUCAUUACUUUGGAGAGAAAGGAGAACGAAUUAUUUUGUUUUUUAGAGCUUUAUUUGGUGGAAUAGCAAAAGCUCUAAUGAUAUAUUGUUUUCACUGGCUCCCUGUUGCGGAUGCUUCCACAAUCUAUUUCUCUUCUCCAGUGAUCAUUAGUUUGCUCGCCUGUUUGGUUUUGAGGGAACCUUGUGGAGCUCACAAUGCACUCGUCUUAAUGCUGACAAUAGCAGGCACUAUGUUGAUUGUCAGACCAAAGUUUAUCGUUGAACUGUUUCAAGAUGUCGAUGACGUAGAUAAUCGCUGGAAAGGAAUUAUGGUGGGAUUUUCUGCGUGUCUAAUGAAAGCUUGUAGCUAUGCAAUGGCCCGUAAACUUAAACAAACACCGCCCCAAGUUGUGGCUGCCAUGAUAUCGACGUUUAUCCUUGUUGUGGGAUUAUUUCAACUGUCCUUGCACGAAAAAAUUCAAAUAUCAUCUUGUGGUAAAGACAGUAUUCUUAUUGUGAGUUCAAGCAUCUGUAUGACGCUAAAUCAACUCCUCACCACAACAGCCCUACAAGUGGAAUAUGCUGGGCCAGUGUCUGUUGCUCAAUCUCUAAAUAUAGUUACAGCAUUUUUGUUCGAUAUAUUCGUCUUAAAUACUAGCCCCACCUGGCUUAGUAUUUUUGGCGCUGUUUCGAUUUUCAUCGGUGUUCUUUUAACAGUAUUAAAGAAACUCGGUUAG